AUGUCGUGUCAGCAAAGACAUUGCUGCCUGCAGUUCCGGCUGCUAACGGUAACGGCCAGACAGCACGCUAUGCACCCCUUAACGAGCCAGCCGGCGACGCCGCGCAGCGGGCCUCCGCGCCUGACGCGUCCCUCGCGACUCUACUCCGCCGACCUAGCGGGCCGGCCGAGGCGGACUGAUCUGUGGCGCUUAACAGUAAAAUCGGAGGACGAGGCAGAGGACGUGAUCGACCUCGGGGCUCCGCGCAAGGUCCGCGCUGCGCGCUGCGUGGCGGCGGGUGCUGCUUCACCGUCACCACGCGCCGCUCCCGCGUACACGCCCAACCCUCGCCUGUAUCCGGGCCCGCAGAAGCGUCAAGUCGAAACUAAGCAAAAGCGCAAAAAAUGCGGUCAGCGUAGCCGCAAGAGCUUAACAUAUCGGCGGCCCGUACCAAACUCACGCCUGUACAAACCCGCGCCGCCGAAGCCGCCCCCACCCCCAGCUAAACCGCGCACCGUCUGGCGCCCCCCGGUACAGGGGAAGCUGGAGACAGCGUCCCGCGCCGCGCUCCGCCUCAACGGUACCUGGUGGUCGGAGAAGUCGGAGGCAUCAGUGCUUACGCGACCUAAGUCGCCGCCUGUGCUGCGGAAGCGUAGUCCGAUCCGUCAAAGGACACCGUCACCGUCUCAACUACGGAAGCUUAUUGUACAGCUGCCUGCGGCGGCGGGCGACGGGAACGCGAGCGAGCCGAGCCUGCGCUACCGUCCCGCCAGUCAGCACUUCCGCGACCGGGAGCUGGGCUCGCGGGACUCGACGCCGACGGGCGGCCGCGUGAUUCAGCAGUCGACACGAGGCAACAUGGACACCACGCCGCGACACUCCACCAGUCCCGAGGACUGCUCGGAGGGGAAUGACCCGCAGUCGGCGCCCAGCGAGUUCCUGGCUGAGUUCCUCUCAGCGAUAAUGCGUCGUCAAUACGCGGAAGCGCUGAAGUACUGCCGGCUGAUCCUGCAGUACGAGCCGCGCAACGCCACCGCGCGCGGCUUCUACCCGCUGCUGCAGCACAAGCUGGCGCAGCAGAGCCCGAGCAGCACCAGGACCUCGCCGCCGAGGACGAGCCACCAGCGGGACAAACCUAGCCAAUCCCCGGACUUGGGAGGAGUGUCCAGCAGUGGCAACUCUGGAGCGUCCUCGCCUGUGCCACAAGGUCUUUUACCACAUGAGGUGAUGGAGCAGGAGGCAGACUCGCUGUCCUGCUCGGACCCUCGGCCCGGCAGCGCGGGCAGCAGCGAGGCAGAACCCGGCCUAGGCUCAGUUUCUUCGCAGUCCUCAUUAGAGUUGGAUUCCUCUGCCGCACACUCCUCGCCCAGCCUGUCGCUCAGCCGCCGCACUGACAACCUGUGCGACGCGGAGAACAACCAGGCCGCGGCCGCCGCGCCCGCCGCGGGCCGAGCGCGCGCCCGGCCCAAGCGCACGCUGCAGAGCGAGCAGUCGACGGAGUCGCUCCGGCGGCUGCGCGCGCAGUUCACCUGCUCCAUCAAGUGA